GAAGCCGGGGCACUUGGACAGACGCUGCCGGGUCCUCGCCGGCCCCGCGCCCCUCGCCCCGCGCAUGCGUUGUGGGUUGGGCCUCUCGCGCUGAGGCGGGGCGAAAGGACGGAUUUUAUUUUCUUGCUCCCGCCCCUCUUCUUCCCCCACCUGCCACGUACAAGGCCCGAACUCUCGCUAGGCUUGUUGGGUCUUUGCGAUUGGCCGGGGCCCGCGGCAGUCUCCGAGCUAGGUGCGGCGGCCGCGGAGAGCCACCGAGCGGGCCGAGACUUACAGCCUCCCAGUGACGCCCAGAGCCGGUUUGCGGCGGUGGCCUCGCAUCGGCCCGCUCACCGGAGACCCACGCAAAGCCGGCGGCCUCUCUAGCUGUCUUUUUCUAGAGUUAUAUAAGAACAUCCUGGAGUCCAUCAUGAAUGGACAGUUGGACCUAAGUGGGAAACUAAUUAUCAAAGCUCAACUUGGGGAGGAUAUUCGAAGAAUUCCCAUUCAUAAUGAAGAUAUUACUUAUGAUGAAUUAGUACUAAUGAUGCAACGAGUUUUCAGAGGAAAGCUUCUAAGUAAUGAUGAAGUUACAAUAAAGUAUAAAGAUGAAGAUGGAGAUCUUAUAACAAUUUUUGAUAGUUCUGACCUUUCCUUUGCUAUUCAGUGUAGUAGGAUACUGAAACUGACAUUAUUUGUUAAUGGCCAGCCAAGACCCCUUGAAUCAAGUCAGGUGAAAUAUCUCCGUCGAGAACUGAUAGAACUUCGAAAUAAAGUAAAUCGCUUAUUGGAUAGCUUGGAACCACCUGGAGAACCGGGGCCUUCCACCAGUAUUCCUGAAAAUGAUACUGUGGAUGGUAGAGAAGAAAAGCCUGCUGCUUCUGAUUCUUCUGGAAAACAGUCUACUCAGGUUAUGGCAGCAAGUAUGUCAGCUUUUGAUCCUUUGAAAAACCAAGAUGAAAUCAAUAAAAAUGUAAUGUCAGCGUUUGGUUUAACAGAUGAUCAGGUUUCAGGGCCACCCAGUGCUCCUGCAGAAGACCGUUCAGGAACGCCUGACAGCAUUGCUUCCUCCUCUUCAGCAGCUCACCCACCAGGAGUUCAGCCACAACAGCCUCCAUAUACAGGAGCCCAGGCACAAGCAGGUCAGAUUGAAGGUCAGAUGUACCAACAGUACCAGCAACAAGCUGGCUAUGGUGCCCAACAGCCUCAGGCUCCUCCUCAGCCACCCCAGCAGUAUGGUAUUCAGUAUUCAGCUAGCUAUAGUCAGCAGACUGGACCCCAACAACCUCAGCAGUUCCAGGCAUACGGCCAGCAACCAACUUCCCAAGCACCGGCUCCUACCUUUUCUGGUCAGCCUCAGCAACUUGCUGCUCAACCACCACAGCAGUACCAGGCGAGCAGUUAUCCUCCACAAACUUAUACUACCCAAACGUCUCAGCCUACUAAUUAUACUGUGGCCCCUGCCUCUCAGCCUGGAAUGGCUCCAAGCCAACCGGGGGCUUAUCAGCCAAGACCAGGUUUUACUACACCUUCUGGAAGUACCAUGACCCCUCCUCCAAGUGGGCCUAACCCUUAUGCACGUAACCGUCCUCCCUUUGGUCAGGGUUAUACCCAACCUGGACCUGGUUAUCGAUAAGGAGGCCCAGCUGCACUUUUGAAUGUGGCUGCUAGCUAUUUGCCUCCCAAAAGACUCCAGUACUAUUUUAUUUUAAUUUGUAUUGAAGUUCAUAAAUUUAAAAGGCAGAGCAUUUUUUAUGAUAUCAUUGUUGCUGUUAAUUGAAAUUAUAAUUUGCUAGAACAAAAAAAAGACCAAAAUGAAAGUUGUUUUUCUUCCUCCCCUGCUUAAAAAUGUAGCAGCUUUCUAGUUAUUUUGGAACACUACACUUAAAUGUGUGUAAAGUGAUUGGCUUUCUAGCUUCCCUUGUCCAGAGGAUAUUAAAAUGCUAGGUUGAGGUUUAGCCAUCUUACUUGGCUUUUUACUAUUAACAUGAUGUACUAAAGUAGAGCCCUUUGAAAAAGAUGACUAGAUAUUAUGUAUAAAAUGUAACAUUGAUAGGUUAAUAAAGGUGAUUGAAUUCA